GUUGCUAGAAUGGCGAUGGUCUUGUUCCGCCAGUUCAAAAUAUCUCACGAGCUACAUGGUGGGUGCCCCAGCAGUGCUGCACUUGUACUCGAGCUACUCUGCCGCAACAAUCCGGAGCUGCUAACGGAGCAGGUUCUUCCCAAGCUCAGCCUCCUCGUCGAAGUUCUAGAGAUAGCAUAUAGCGAGGCGUCUUCUUCGUUCAGCGAUCCCCCGGCAAGCACAAGCCCCGUGCAAGCAAUCGACGACGAGCAACAGGAUGCUCUUUGCGCCGCCCUCGCUGGUCUUGUGGCUCAAUUGCUAGCUUUGGGCGACUCGUUGGACUUGGUGAUCAAGGAGGUGGCGCGCAGCAAAGGUGUUGCCUUGUGCAAGCGCGUCUUGCGGUGUAAGAGAGCGACUGGAACAGCAUACCCUCCUAGAUUGGCUGCCUCCAGCGCACAUGGUGACUCGCGAGCAACGGCACAAGAGCUCGAGGCACUCGUUCAAGUGUGGGAGAAGAUGGCGAAGGGGUUUGAUCUGAAGCCCUGCAGCAAUACGGAUUGUCAAGGGGAGAUUCUAGAGUCCGUAAAGAAGACCUUCAAGAAGUGCAGCGCCUGUGGGAUGGUCCAAUACUGUUCCCAAAGUUGCCAACGUGCACACUGGAGAAAGGAGCACAAAGUGGAAUGCAAAGCAAUGUCGUUGAAAUAAAACGCUGCUUGAUCUCAGUCAUUGGAUCGUGAACUGGUUUUGCAAGGACCCUCCAUAAUUGUUGCGGCACCCAAUUAAUGAUUGCGCCACAAGCACG